UCGCUUCGUAAGAAAACGAACUUUGCGAAGUUGCAAGAAGAUAUUUUUAAAUGUACCCUUUAGUCUCAAUAUCGAAUGAUUUAGUUAAAGUUAUACGCGACAAAUGUCAAAGUAUCAAGCAGAAAUCUCAUUUGAAAGUUUUGAUUGAUUAUAACAGGGGAUUGGUUUGGCUUUCAAACGUAAAUACAAAGACGCUACAUUUCCAAUCAAGAAUCAGGUCAUCAGUGAAGAAGGCGCGGUUCGUCUGCGAGGAAGCGGAGGACUUCAAUUCGUACGUAACGCUGAAACUGCAGAAUGUAAAGUCGACGACAGUCACCGUAAAGGGGGCCAAUCCAAGCUGGGAGCAAGAUUUCUUAUUCGAAACAAACGAUAUGAACGCUGGCCUGCUAGUAGAAGUUUGGUGCAAGGGAUUUCUCUGGGAUCGUUUUCUCGGUUACUACUUCAUCCCACUUUCGGAAGUGUCCUACAUGAACGAGGUAACGUCAAAUAAGACUUUCGAGACAUCGGCGUUAAAGCAAGAGCAACGCGUAUCGUCAGAUAACAACAGCAAUACACAACCAUUUGGCGACACUCGGACGGAGGGCUCUGGACAGUGGGUCUGCUUGGAUUCCGAGCUCGAAAUGAGGGGUGCCGAAAUUAUUGGCACGAAAAAGCCGACCGGUCACUCUCUACUAAUAGACUGUCGAUUGGAGUUACCUUACGGAAAGAGCGAUCGGCGAACCGGAUGGAAAGCCCUGCUAACGAGCGAAACGGCAAUGCAGUUGCGAGCAGCUCGGCCCAUGUGUGGCUCAGACCCGGAGAACACGGAAGCGGCCGAUCUACAGAGGAAACUGGAGAUGCUGAACAACAUGAUGGACCAGGAAGCACGGGCCGAACAGGCACGCCGACAGAUAUUGUACAAUAUAGGCCACUCCGGUUAUUCGGAGGAUUCCGACUACACGUCGGACCUGAAUUAUCCAGUUGGUGGACAAGGGGCGAACAGCUCGGCCUCGCAGUUCCGUAGCGCGGCGAAUCAAUUGGCUACUCCUCAGAGGUCUCUCGAAACCUCCAGGGAAAACAGUUACGAGAGGGACGAUCAUCAGAUUCCAACGACGGUCGGUGGACGAAUAGUCGGCAGCGUUUGUUACGGCGGUGGUUAUGCCAGUCAAAGUCAUAGUCCGAGAUACGACGAGCCAUAUCCCGAGGAAGGUCCACCUCAGCGAUAUUCCCUACAGCAUUCUUCAGAAUGUUCCGAGCCACUCUUCUAUAAUAGUAGACCGAGACAUUACAAAGAAUACAGACGACGGAAGCACACAUGGGAUUACGAGGACAGUCAAGAUGGUUGGUACAGCGAGGGCUACGAUUAUCACGGUACGCGGCUCGACGAUACGAGAAUUUACAGCGACACCGAGUACUACCCAAGUUCAACGACGACUACGUCGCGAAGAAGAGCUCACAGACGGCCGUCCUUGGAAAGACAGAUGACCCUCUACGACGAGCAUUCGUACUUCACCGAUGGCUAUAGCAGCGACGGUAGAACGAGCAAGAUGAACGCCACUUAUCCGGAAUGUCAAACGGACAUAAGGUAUAACGAGUAUUACGACGCUAUAACCGGAUUAGAUUAUCAAGACGAAAGGUAUGGUCAGGACGACGAGGACAGACAAUGGGACAGCGGAGGGAAAUGGUAUUCGGGUACGAGCACUUAUUACGAGAACAAACGAAAUAGGAAAACGCUUCCGCAAAGGCCCGCAUCGAGUAUCGGUAUUCAUCGACCCGAUUACAGGCCGACGGUCAUCAGGCAACGUAGUUACGAGUCGGAGGAAUUGGACUACAGCGGUCACGGUCGUCGUAGAAAAGCAAUUCAGCCGCAGCAACGUCCAAUCUCUCGCCAGGAAGGAACCGGCAAGAAGUUACCUCCGACACCGACCAAACCGAGCAACGUCGUCGUUAACCGUAAACUCGCCUCUCUACCUGCUACGCCGAGCAGGCAACUGCCAAAGACUAGAACGCCCUCCGAGGAGAGCUAUUACAAGUCUGACUACAACGAGGACUAUAAUUACGCUUAUCGCAGUCAGGAUAAUUUGCCGCAAGACAACUCUUACCCCGCGAACCUGUACGCCACGCACCAGGAUUCUCUCGAUCAGGCGCCGCCGCACAUUUCUGGCAAGAAUCGUUAUACCGACGUUAGCCAGGACAAUCAAUAUGCUAGCACUUACGUGGGCCAGCUCGACGAUACGUACGCGUAUCGGCAAGAUUCGCAGACGCAAGACGCCUACGAUCAAUCCUAUGUGCAAAACUCGUACAAGGACGAGUAUCGGCAAUCGUACGUGCAAGACAAGAAUGUAGAUAUUUAUCAGAAAACGUACGAGGACACGACGUAUCCUAAUGCGAGCCAAGCGAACGACCAAUACACCGUUCUACCUAACGAUCAGUAUACGAAUAUUUCGAACGAUCGGUACGACAAGGGCCAGGACAUGAUAAUUGAGAACAAUUAUCAAGUUGAGAAUUAUGAUCGGAACAACGUAGAAUAUCAAGAGACCUAUAAUCAGGAGGAUAGUUAUCAAAAACAGUACGAUGGUUACGUACCUUCGACCGUCUACGAUCAGAAUAACGUGUCGAAUGCAUACAAUCAAUAUCAGCAAUACGAUUCCGAGUACAAUAUCAGUACGUCUAACGAUUAUCAAAAUACUUAUCAAGAUAAUACGUACAAUGAAGUGCCUGUUACGACUCAAGAUAAUUAUCAGGAUGCUUAUAUUAAGCAACAGCAAGGCGAUUAUACGAAUUACGAGGUCCCUUAUACGAAAGAGGAGACCGUACCGACGACGUAUCAAAAUGAUUAUCAAAAUCGAUAUGAAAAUUAUCAGGAGGAGCAAUACGACGAAUCCGUAUAUCCGGAUUCUUAUCAAGAAUCCUAUCAGGAAUCUUAUCAGGAUUCUUACGAGGAACGUUACAAGGAUGGACCAGUCGCUAUUACGGAAAGGAGACAAAGCGAAGUGCCGGAACUUUCCGUUACCACGCCGAAGGGCCAAACAAAAACGAACGGUUAUCAGUCUAGCGAGUCGGAAUACUUGUACAAUCAGGAAAACGAGCAAGUAUCGCAGAUAGGUGCGUCUAGGAGAAAGAAGCUCGGUAAGCGCGAGCCCAGUCCACUUUUGCAACAAAACACGGACUCGCUGGAAUCGAGGGACGACGAAUUAAAGGAUUCCUUCGAAACGGCCGUGAGCUCCGUCGAGAGUAGUCAACCUAGGAAAGCUUAUAGCGAGUACUCGACCGCGGGUGACUCUAGUCCUGCCGCGGCCACAUUGGUCGACUCGCCUCAGAGUACGACGCAGCCACUUACCAGUAUGGUAAAUCACGUAGCGAGUAUGGAUAAUCACGUUAGUAGUAGCAGCAUCAUCACGGUUACGGCGACGGUUCAUUCUACGUCCGCUGCGACAAAUGGCAAACGAUUAGCUCGAACGGAAUCGUAUCUGGAAGAAGCGAUCGAGGACGAGGAGUAUCCCGAAAUCAUUCCGACGGAGCCACAGAGAAAGGAUUCCCAAUUGUCCCAUCAGAGUCAGCUCAGUCAACAUUCGAGUCAACAUUCGAGUCAAAAGCCCAAACUGACGAGAGGCGAUUCUUACGCCUCCGAUCAUUUCCCCGAUGAGUCGUACAGUAGAAGAGGAUCUUACGCUCAGCCUACCAGAAAGGAAUCCGUAUCUUCCGUCACGCAGGAGCCGCCUUUCAAGCCGCCUCUAACGAGAACCGAUUCGUAUCAGAAUAGAGGGACCGGUUACGCGCAAAAUUUCAGCGCUCCUCAGCCAAUAACAAGAGCCGAGAGUUAUCAGAGAGGUUACUUCAAGGAUCAGGAGACGAUUGACGAGAGCGAGAUUACGCUGAGCAAUCAGGUCAACGGAGAGUACAAAAUGAGGGACGAAACUCUCGACAGGUACGAACGCGGAGAGGAAGCAAUGAUUCGUAGCUCACGAGAGGACUCGUUGGCCGAUGCGUACAAGACGUCUUCACCACCGUUGUCGCAUAUCGACAGUCCACGCGGGAGUAUAACGAAGCAAGCGUCAUUGGAGGAGAGCGUUCAAAUGGAUACGCCACCGCGAAGUCCACCGGAACCACCGCCCGACGAGGAACUUUUGGAGAUGGUCGGUGCCGUGCCGGUUCCAACGCAACUUAAGGAACGGCCGGAGAUAAAGAUGACACCACGGCAACGUUGGCACUGGGCCUAUAACAAGAUCAUCAUGCAAUUGAACAUUUACUACGGCAGCAUGAUCCCUGGGAACUGCUUUCAAAGUGCCAUUUGCCGAAUAUCGCGCUAUAUCGAGCUUAACAACGGAACGAGGCUCGAUGCCUUCCACGUUCCCUGCGCGAUGUGUUGUAGUGUCUAAGAACAAUAGUGACGGACAAUAUUUUGUGCUCG